UAGGCGAUUGAUUACAAGUUUCCAUUCUGUAUAUUCUGUGGCAUGAUCGCAUGUGGGUGGAAGCCGGAAAAGUGAUAUCAACUCAACUUGUGCGUUUCUCCUAAAAGAGAAUACAAAUAAGUAGCCAGUAACUGUUGAUUGGGCAUUCGGCUUUGGCCUACUGAUGAUGACAGCAAGAACACGAGAUAGUGGACCAUUAGACAGCUGGGAGAUUUUGCCUUCGCCUACAAUCAAGUGAAUGAAGUGACUUGAAGUUGGUGACACAGUCUAGUUUCAUCAUGAAUAACUCGACAAGUGUGAUGGAUUGGACCUACGAGUCAGUGAUGAGCUCAUUGAUGAGGGAUCUAUCAUCAUCACCACCAACAUUGCCUGAAUCUGUGUCAAGUGAAACUCAGCGUUUCACUUGUUUGGUUAUUGAGAAAGAAAAUUCUCCCAUAGCAAGCCAAGAACUCAAGAGGCUAUCCCAAUCGAUGAGGGACACUUACAUGGAUGCAUCAUGCGAAAGUAGCUCUAGUGAUUCAGCUCAGACUAACUGUAAUUCUUCGUUAUUGAAUGAUCAGCAUUUGCCUACCCCAUUGACUAUUCAUCCAAACGACGCUGGGGCUGUGGAUGGUGGAGAAAUUGCUGAUGUCAAGUGUUUCAAAAGUGAAUGUUAUUACUGUCAGAUCACCUCACCUGAAAGUAUCAGGGCGACUAGGCUAGAUUUCAUUCAAAAUUCAACAAAGUCGAAAACAACUACCUUUAUUGGAUCUGAAUCAGAUAAAGCCCUAUUCUCAAAUGAAUUGAUCAAGUUAGUACAAGCUCUCAAAGAUACCAAAAUCACAUCACUCAAUCUUAGCGGCAAUGAUAUAGAUUGUGAUUUGUUAAUUGAUCUAGCACAAUACUUGUCCAGCACACAAAUCAAAACACUUGAUUUGAGUGAAAAUAGAAUUGGGCACAAAGGUUUCGAGUAUUUUAAUGAAAUUCUAAAAGAAACUAAAAUAUCCUCACUGAAUGUGAGUAAAAACUCUGUAGGGCAAUUCUUUGCAUGCAAAAACAAUUCAUCUUCAGUUGAACAUAGUAGUGAGUGUUCCCAUGCUAAGAUUUUUGAAAACUCUGCUUCAACAUAUCUUGAUCUAAGUCACUCUUCCAACUCAGUUGACCUCAAAUGCAUAGCAUCAAUUUUGAAAAACUCUAAAAUAAAGCAUUUAAAUCUAUAUCGUUCAAUACAGAGUUCUGAAAGCUUUGGAUUAUUCGUACGAUAUUUGGUAGAUUCGAGUCUUACUGUCCUCAAUCUGUCUGGCUGUAAAAUAGGCAACAAUGGUGUGAAGAUUUUGGCUUCAGUGCUGAAAAACACAAAAAUCCGCUCACUUGAUCUUAGUGGAAACCAUAUAAGGUGCGAGGGCUUGAAUGUAUUUGCUCCAUGUUUGAUAGACUCACAGAUUACUUAUUUGAAUCUAUCUGAAAACCGAGUUGAUAGUAUUGAUGGUCUUGGUAUCAAUAGCCUUGCACUUGUUCUACCAAAUACAAAAAUAACUAAACUUGAUAUCAAUUACUUUUCUAAUGUUAGAAACUGGAAAAUAUUAUCGAACUGUCUGGCUCAUACAAAAAUAACGUCGCUUGGUUUCAAGGGUAUGGUUCCAAAGGUUUACGAUGAUAUAAAAUCAUUGGCUGAUGGAGUGAAAAACUCACAAAUAAAUUCAAUCAUUCUUGGUUCCAAUGAUGCAGUUAAAAUUGUUCAGUUACUUUCAUUAUGUGUGGUGGGGUCACAACUAACUUCUUUAACUUUGAGUCGAUUUAAAAUAAACUGUUCUGUUAUGGAGAGUUUGGUUAUUGCUUUGAAAGAUUCGAAUAUUACAUCAAUAAAGCUUGAGCACAAUUCCAUUAAGUGUAAAGUUAUGGAAGUAUUUGUAUCAUAUUUGGUUAGUUCGAAAGUCACCAAUUUACAUUUGAGUAAUGGUCGUAAACUUGGCAUUGGUGCUGUGGAAUGUUUAGCACUCUCUCUAAGAAAUACACAAAUAUCCUCUCUUAACCUCAGUUCGAAUCAAUUAGACUGUGAAAGUUUGAAGGUUUUGGCACCAUGCUUAGUGGGUACAAAAAUAACAAAUCUCAAUCUCGAAAAAAAUGAUGUAGAUUUAUGUAUGGAAAAUUAUGAUGAUGAUGAAAGUGAUUAUGAUGAUGAAGAUUAUUAUUAUUACAUGGAUGAUUAUUAUUACUAUUAUGAUAAUGAAAAUGAUAAUAGUGAUGAUGAAGAUUAUGAUCAUUUUAAUGAUCUUACAGAAGGAAAUAGAAUAGAUUAUAUGAAAGAAGGUAUGAGGAGUACUGUAGGUGUGGAAUGUCUGGCUUUAGCAAUGAAGAAGUCACAAUUGAAAAGUCUGAAUCUUUGCAAUAAUGGACUGACAUGCAAAAGCCUGUUGAAUAUUGUUCUAAGCUUGCAGGAUACGAAAAUCACAACAUUGAAUCUCAGAGGUAAUGAACUUUGUUGUAACGUGCUUUAUUUGGCUAAUAUUCUGAGAAAUACUCAAAUUAGCUCACUAGAUCUUGGCUGGAAACUAGAAGAUAAUAAAAUGGAUAGUAUACAUUCGAAACUAUCUCAUUCUGAUUCCUCGCUUAAUCUUGAAAGACAAAUGCGAUGCACAUUUGCUUCAUACUAUCUUUCACGUAUAAACCAAGUGCAAACUCAAAAGAUUACCUCCCUCACUCUUAGUCAAAGUCAGAUUUCAUGUUGUGGAGAUUUGAAAGAACUGUGUCAGUUUUUGUCUAAUUCGCAAGUCCUUUCACUAGAUCUCAGUAAUAACCGAAUCAAUUGUGAUAGCAUUUAUUAUCUAGCACAAGUCUUGCAAUCCACUAAAAUUU